GAGUGGCGGAUCGUCAUGCCGACUAUCUCCAGACUGUCUCCUGUCUUCAUCGUCCAGCUCUCAGCUCUGCUACUGCUGCCGCUCUGCUGGGGGGCAUCGGUUGACUUCUAUGAUGAUGCAACUCCAGUACCAGAAUACGAUGAUGACACAACCAUUAUCAUCAGCUUCUUCAGUAACUCGAGCAGCGAUGACCUGGAUCUCUUCCUCAACGCCACGGAGGAGGAUGGAGGGGAGGCGGAGGCGGUCACCAUGACGACCACCAUCACGUCCCCGGCCGGCGACCGGGUCACAGUCCCCAGCUCAGCCUCCCCCCCCCGGGUCCCGGUGUCGGGGCCGGUCUUCAGUCUCUUGCUGUGCGUCAGUCUGAGUCGCGUUGGGCACACGUACUGACACACAGACACACCCUGAGACCUAGUACGGAACUGCAAGAGACACACUGACGCCAUGUUAAUGUCACAAAGACCCCCCAAACCUGAUGUUAGGACCCCACAAACCCCCCAAACCUGAUGUUAGGAACCCACAGACCCUCUGAACCUCAUGUUAGGACCCCACAGACCCCACAGAACCUGAUGUUAGGACCCCACAGACCCUCUGAACCCGAUGUUAGGUCCCCACAGACCCCACAGAACCUGAUGUUAGGACCCCACAGACCCUCUGAACCUCAUGAUUUGGACCUCAAAGACAAUUCUUCAUCAGAAAGCAUGUGUUGUCAAACACUGUCCCUGUGCCCACACUCCUACCCGACUCCCCUCUGACACCGCCGCCUCUAUCACACCUACAGUCUGUCCUCUAUCACAGCUACAGUCUGUCCUCUAUCACAGCUACAGUCUGAAAUUCAUCACAGUUACAAUCAUAAACAGUUUCAAAGAAUUAUAUAUUACAAUAUUUUUUAGAUUAUUUAAAAUUCCCAAUCAGUGUUCAUUUGGUGCAUCAUUACCCAAGAAUGUGUAGUGUUUUUUCACGAUGGAUAUACUGUAUGUAUGGAAGAUUUUCCUCCACAGAAUUGUUUUUUUUACAAAGAAUGAUUGAAAUAAUUGCUCU